UUUUAAGGUGCUACUCAACAUUUCCUCUACGGAUUAUUCACCGUAUCUUGUAAACCUGUGACAGGUAACACUACUGAGCAUAUUAGUUCCCCUCCCUCUCUGCAAUAAACUGGUCCUGCUCCUUACACAGCCAACUUGAAGUGCUAAAACUGUCACCGUCUUUCUAGGGCUUACGGAGAACAAAGUCAGGGAUUAAAUGAAGCCAGAAUCACAAUCCACAUCAUGCCACAAAUAUGUCCUAUUUUUUCUGCUAAUUACAUUAUUUAGCUUCAUUUUGUUUACCUACAUCAACAUCAAUAGAAGUAGCCCAGAUAUUGAGCCACCUCCGGUUUUAACCAAGAAGGAAGGUGUCGUGACUAUCUUGCUUUGGACAUGGCCCUUUGGUGAUAGAUUUACUCUAAACCACUGUGGAAACUCUGGUGAAGAUCAGGGAUGCUUCUUCACAGCAGAUCGCAACUAUUACCUCACAGCUAAUGCUGUCAUUUUCCAUCAUAGAGAUGUCUGUCAAUCCAAGAAACAAAUGCCCCAGAUAGCUAGACCCCCAGAGCAAUAUUGGGUAUGGUUCAAUUUGGAAUCACCCAGUCACUCUCCAAAUUUAGGCUUCAUGGACAAUCUCAUCAACCUCACAAUGUCUUAUCGAAGUGACUCUGAUAUCUUCACUCCUUACGGCUGGCUGGAGAAGAACAACAUCAAUCAGAACUUUACAAUCCCUAAAAAGACACAUUUGGCAGCCUGGGUAGUGAGCAACUGGAAUCCUAACUCCAAAAGGGUUCAAUAUUAUCAGGAGCUAAAGAAACACAUGCAGAUUGAUGUCUAUGGUAGGCAGCACAAGCCUUUACCAGGUGCAGGUAUGCAAGAUACCAUCUCCAAAUACAAGUUCUAUUUUUCUUUUGAGAAUUCACAGCAUAGAGACUAUAUCACUGAAAAGCUUUGGAGGAAUGCCCUGGCAUUUGGGGCUGUGCCUGUCAUUCUUGGGUCAACCAGAGAAAACUAUGAAAGGUUCAUUCCUCGAGAUUCAUUUAUCCAUGUAGACGAUUUCCCUAGCCCUAAAGGACUUUCUGACUACUUGCAUGAGCUGGACAAAGACAAAGAGAGAUACGAGCAGUAUUUCAAAUGGAGGGCAAAACUGAGGUCAAAAUCUGACACCAGCUGGGCUACACAUUACUGCAAAGCAUGUAAAGGAGUAAAGGAGGCCCCUGCCUAUAGGACAAUGCCUAGUCUUGUAACGUGGUACACAUAAACAUAAUGACACUAUUUUAAAUUCUGAGGAAAAUAUCUAUACAGAGACAUUUAAUGGGAAUACAUGAGAAGCACUGUCAAUAAUAUGCACUGGUAAUCUUACACAUGUAUCUGCAGAUGUUAAAUGCUAUUGAUAUUAACUAGUAUCUUGGCUUGUAGAGUUAUGUGUUCUGACGUUUCUUUAAAAUGGUAUGGAGAUUAUAAAUGCUAGGAUUUCGUGGGA